AUGUCGGCUCUCAGGGUGAGCAUGGGCUCACUGCACCCCCCUCGAAGUGUCCAGCAAAUCACCAAAGCCGCUCAAGACUACGAAUAUGACGCUCAAAUUCCUCUGCGGUACUGGCUUCGGUCUGCCCAAGCCAUGCUAAAGGAGGCAGAGGUAUAUGUUCGCGAGGGAGACGAAGAGACGACGUAUCUUCUCCUUUUCCGACAUGCCCACCUCAUUCUAUCGCAGUUGCCGGCUCACCCGCAAGCCAGAGAUAAAGCCAAUAAACUGCUAUUAAAAGAGGCGGAGAAAGAAGUCAAUACGAAUUUCAAGGUCCUGGACCUGCUGAAGCCCCGAAUCAACGAGCGAUAUGAGCGUUACGUUAAGCUCAUAAAGGAGAGGGAGGCAAGGCGGAGCGCACAAGUGCACAGCCAGUAUACUAAUGACCCUCCGAGUCCGCGGUCAGCCCAGGCACAAAGGCCCCAGCAACUCAAGGCACAUGAAAACAAAGAGCUAGCAGUCAGACUCUUACAGAAGGAGAAUUCUAGGAGAGCUGCGAGUCGACAAGCGGCACAGGCGUCCGGGAACGAUACCGAGGACCUGUCCCGGAGGUUGCAGGAAAUUCGAAACCGAGUUGAAGGAAGGUCCAAUUCCUUUUUGCAGAGCCCCGAGACCCGUCCGUUUGCACCUAUAGGCAGCAGCGCAACAUAUCAAUACCCGAGCAUCCCUGCCCAUCAUGUUCAGCCCGUGCUGAGCUCUCCAUCACCCCAUGUAUUAUCUCCCACAAUCCCGAGAGACAUACCGGGGUCACCCCCAGCAUUACCACCAAAGCCUGGCGGAAGCAGUGUGGUGGCCAUUCCGCCUCGUCCAGAGAAAGUGACGAAUCAUGCGCCUGCAGCAAGAUCACAGACACCAGAACCAGUACACUUCUUUGCUCCUGCUGCUUACCUCGAAAACGGAACGCCAUUGCGGACUGUAUUCCUUCCACCAACCUUGCGGACAACGUUUCUGCGACUAGCUCACAAAAACACGUUGGCAAAUUUGGAGACGUGCGGCUUCCUAGGUGGGACGCUGAUCGCCAACGCCUUCUUCGUUAGUCGACUGAUUAUUCCUUCACAAACGGCAACAUCGGAUACGUGUGAGAUGACAAAUGAAUCACAACUCUUUGACUAUGUGGACUCGGAGGACCUCAUGAUUCUUGGCUGGAUACAUACUCAUCCGACCCAGACGUGUUUUAUGAGCAGCCGAGAUUUACAUACCCACGCAGGAUAUCAGAUGAUGCUGGCAGAGAGCGUAGCCAUUGUGUGUGCUCCGAGCAAGGGAGACACAACUCACGGUGGCGACUGGGGAGUCUAUCGUCUAACCGAUCCUCCGGGAAAGAAGACCAUUCUCAGCUGUGAACAGCCGGGAAUAUUCCAUCCGCACAAUGUUGACAACAUCUACACUGACGCGCUUCGACCGGGACACGUCGUGGAGGCUAAAGGAAUGGAAUUUGAAGUGGUGGAUCUUCGAGAUAAGUGA